AUGCGUUUCUCUACAGCAAACUGCGCAUGUUCUGGUACUGUCACAGAUGUGUGUUAUUCAGCUCCACAGUAGGAGUUAAAUUUUGAGUCAUAAAUUUCUAUAUGUUUUCCUCUCUUUUCCUUCAAACUUUAAAAGCCAUUUGUUAACAAGUUUUCCUUUUUGAGGAUAAAACUUAAUGUCUCUCAGGUUGCCAUCUGUAUCGACACGCACAUACUUAGAGACUUUAGAAAUGUCGAAGGUUAACAAAAACAAAACAAACCAAAAUAUCUUGUGACUGAAGGCUAUGUUUUCUGCUUUAUAUGCCACUGCAAAAUAUUUUACCAUAAUUAUUAUGCUCCAUUAUUAUCAAAGCUCCACAAUAGCAGUAUGUUGUUUGCUGAGUUUUUAAGAAAAAGAAGAGAUUUGUAUUAAAACAAGGUCAACCUCAUCCACACAUCCACUCAAAGGUUAGGAUACUGAGCUCGCAACUGUAAAAUCUCUUUGACUUCAGGGGAAGUUCAUUUUACAUUUCCGUUAAAUCCUAGUUGUGGAUUCUGAGAAAUUGAGAAAAAAAAAAAAAAAAAUCUCGGAAUAACUAUACAGGGGUCUUUUCACGUUCCAGUUGAUCUCAUUAUUCAACAGGGGAUGGUCAGCGAUUUAUUUCUACACCGGAUAAACCAACUAAGGUUUUCGUAGGCAGCAACGUUUCUUUGGUUUGGCGUUACUAUAAGCCUUCCCAUCUUACUCUCAUCAAGGUAGCAUUUGGCUACUGGAAAAGCCCAGGCUACGUUUAUCCUAGAAUGAUAACAGUGAACGGAACAACCAACACUCCAACAGUGACAGCAGGUUACGAGUCAGCAAUUAUUUGGGCGGGAAACCUUACAAAUUCCCUCGCAGCGUUUGUUUUGCAUGAUAUUCAGCCAACAGACAGAACUGUGGAUUUUGGAAUACAUUUGGAGUUUGGAUAUCGAUAUAACCCAUUAAGAGACUCAGUGCAGGUUAAAGUCGAACAAAAACGUAAGUAAAAUAUUGCAUGCUAGCCUGCAAAUACAGCCGCCUCUCAUCCCCGCCGCCGCUUGGGACUCGCGUUUCGGCGUUUUGCGAGAGAGUGAAAAAACGUCGCCAGCUACAGUGAGCGAUGACAGGCGGCUAAAAAAUCUCAGGUCAUAAUUGUACGUUUAUGCGUCCUUGACUCUCUUAAAACGCACGUUAUUAAACAAUUAUUGGUUGAGGUUGAGCAUGAUAUCAUGAAUUAUCAAAACCGAGGUGUGUGAGCUUCCUCGAUCAAUCAGAUUUUUCAUAGUGAGUCUGAUGUAUAAUAAUGAUUGUUAUUAACGGGCCAUUACUAUCCUUCAGACCGAAACAGAAGCAGCAACGAUCGAAAUGCGAAACCUCGGCUGUUAAAAACGAACCGGCCCAUUCACAGCGGAUCAUCUGGGUCUUUGAAGUGUAAAUAGUCGACCUCAUCGACUGAUGACGACUAAACAGUAAGGCCAGCAGUAGACACGUCGAGAUCUACAUUAAAAGUGACCAAAUGUUGCGGCCUAUGCAAGCUAGCCUGUUUCACAUUGUAGGGGCGGCGCAAAGGGACCAAAGGAAUGUGAGCAGGAAAAAAAAUAGGCAUUGUCAUGAGUAGCGAGUCAGCGUUUUUAACAAAAACAAAACUAUUUCGAAAUGUCAUGGUUUGGAGGUGCUGCAGUAAGAGAUUUAGGUAAACAAAUCAAUCAUGAAUACUGUCCCAGAAAAAGAGAAACGAGAGAGGUCGGCCAUAAAAACCGAAUGAACAUUCUUAAUGUUAACAGGAACAAAAUUUAGGUGUUUCUAGUGCGUGACAAGCGUCGAGGAAGAUAUUCUGUGUUUUCACUCAAGUGGCCAGCAUCUAUGCAAAUUUAUUGGAACAAAAGAAAGCGUUUACAUAAGAAAAGAGUUCAACUCCCACAGGACUGGUUUGGGACACAAACAUUGCCGCCGUUUUAUUGUUUUGGGACACAAAUAUGGCCGCCAUGACGUCAUGAGAAAAUACACAAUAGCAAUGCUAGUUGGUUUCUGCUAAAACCAUUAGACUCCUCGUUCUCGUAACUAUUGACCUACAGAAAAAUCGAACUGAUAAUCUAAUAACUGUCAAGUAUAAGCAAUGGAAAAUUAUAAUAAUCUAUUUGUUAAAUGCAUAAUGAUUAUAACUAGGACUGAGUGAGAAUAUGUCACUCACUGAUUACAGCUACUUUGAUUUUUUUUUUUUAAUUUAAUUUGUGUGCUCUGUGUAUCAAACAGGUGAUCGCCAGAGAUUUAUUUCUACGCCAGAUAACCCAACUAAAGUCUUCAUCGGCGGUAACGUUUCUUUGGUUUGGCGGUACUAUCAACCUGCCCAUCUUACUCUCAUCUACGUAGCGUUUGGCUACUGGAAAAGCCCGGGUUACAUUUAUCCAAGAAUAAUCAUCAUUAAUGGGACAACCAACAUCCCUCAAGUGACGGCAGGUUAUGACACAGCAAUAAGCUGGGCGGGAAAUCCAGAAAGCUCUCUCGCAGCGUUUGUUGUGUAUAAUAUUCAGCAAACCGACGAAAGUGUGGUUUUUGGAAUACAUUUGGAGUUUGGUUAUAAAUAUAAUCCACUUCAGUUAAGGACUUAGUGCAGAUCAAAGUGGAGAAAAAUGGUUGGUACAAUACUGUAUGACAAUGCAUGCAGUUAUAAUCAAUAUUUAUACUGAGUUACUACUAGAUGUGGGUACAAUAACGUAACACGAAACUAAUAAUAAGGGCAAGUCAAAAUACAAACUAGUGUACUACACACCAAAGAGCAAAGAUAAUGCACUAAAAUCGCAAUACCAUUUAUUUAGAUAUUUGUCCUGGGUUUUGUGCGUUUUCUGUUCAUUAUAGAGUGGAAUACAAGGGUGAUAACAAAAACUCAUUACUCUUGAGUGCGAAAUGGACAAGAUAAGCAUCGAACGCUACUUGAAAACUGUGUGUACAGUACUCAAUCAUGAAGUUCUGGAAGUUCUGGAAGUUCUCGUUUUAUCACACAAGCCAACAAUUUAGCCCAGGGGCCAUAACUAGGGCAGAAUAAUUUCACUCAUGGACCUAUCAGCCCUUCGCAACUUAUCAGUUUUUUCAGUUAUCCGGUUAACUGGUACGGUAUUGUAAUCAUCGAAACCUCACAUUCGUGGCUAAAACAAAUGCUUUGAUUAUAGAUCUUGAAAAAAACAGUAUGGAGGACAAAAAGGGUAAGUUAUAAUAUGACAUUUUUAGCAUUAAUGGUUGCCACGCUGGGCAAUGGAACAUGCGCUCUGUUCGAAGCGCUUUCGUGAACAAAUAUCAUUUUUUUCGUUUCGUUUGAUUAUCUUCAGGUAAAAUAAUUAACAAUUAUGGGACGAGGUUGAGAAAAUUAUCAUGAUCUGUCUGUGGCGAGCAGACCAAUUAUUUGCCGAAGCGGAAGGCUGAGACAAAUAAUUGAUCUGCGAGACACUGACAGGUCACGAUAUUUUGCGAUAACCGAGUUCAGUAAUCGUUUUAUCAUUCGAUCACCGAGUUUGGUUUUUUAAUGAAUAUCCUCGGGAAGCGGAGCGAUCUUCCAUUUUCACGCAAGAGCGAUAGCAAGAAGGAGAAAAGCACGGUUUUCUUUACGCAUGUGCAUAAUAUUAUUUGCAGCCAAACACAAUUGGACGGCAUUGCGCAUGAGCAGACCAUUAUUUGUAGGCAGUUAUUUGCAGGUCACGUGGUGGGCUCUCGGCCAAUGAAAAGAAAGAUAAAUUUGCUUCGAAUGAUAAAUUCAUUUAUCUGUAAGUUUUGAAUUGCGUCGCUUCAUUACGGUGACAACCGGUUCCAUUUGUCUACAUGCAGCCUUAAGAUUCAAAGGUCACUGUUCACUCUUCUUGCCUUCUUGUAUGAGCACGGCUCAGCAACGGCUCUAAUGUGCGCGUAAAACCAAAAGCUGGAGUUUCAGUAUUGUACAUCAGAUGAUUAAAGGGUUUUAAUCUAGUUUGGAUAUUACAAAAAUGGUGACGAUUGGAGUUUUUUGUGGUGAUUCGUCCUGAAUUAACCUCGUGCAUUUUAAGGAGACUGUUGUUACAUUUAUAUUGGUCUCAAACCUGUCUUUGCGUUGUUUCAGUUUACCGUGCAAGUGGCGGAAAUGAAGUGACCAACACCACCAACGAUCGUGGCGUUAUAUCCCGUAAAGUGUCGCUUAACUGAACCCGACUCAGUGGUGAGAUGCCAAGCGGCAGUGACGCUGGGGAGCUCAGUAUUUCGUCGCAAACUUGAAAUGACUAUGACUCAUGUUUCAAUUUAAAAUCAUGAUCGUCACCAAAUUUCGUCGCAGCUCUCGGAAGACCUCCCGGUAUCGAUUGGGAUGACCAUAAAUAAAAAAAAAAGUUAACAAUGGUGAAUGGAACCUAGCCCCGCAAAACAAAAGAGCUACGAUUCGUAUGGAGUCCAAGUGAAAUUAGAGGUUCAGAAGAGCUGCAAGACGACUGAACUGUGUGAGCAAAUCAAGCACAUGCUUUGCAUAUUCCAUGAUGGUCUGUUUCUCCUUUUAUUGUAUCAAUUUGUUAACCCUUGAAUGAAAUGUAUAGAUUGAUAUAGUCUCUUGAAACAAGCGAAUUUCCGAAGAGCAGAAACAAUAUUAAUAAUUGUUAUGCUUCUAGGGACAAGGGAUAUAAAGAUUUGAGAACAUCAACGAAACAAAAAAUGUUAAUCAGUGAAAAAGGCAGUUCUUAUUGACGUGUGUUUUCUGACCUGACUGGUUUUCUUGUGUUAAAUCAUUAAUUUAUAACUCAUUCAUUUAAGUUUAAAAUUUGUUUCAGAAACCGUGACAGCUACUUCUACGUUUACACUUAUUUCUACUCAUUACCGGGCACACUUUAUUAAACACCAAUAUACAAAGCCCCACCCGAAAAUAAUCUACUGUGUGGCACGAAAUUUUUGCGGGUUCUAAUUUUGCGAUUUUUGCGAUUUUUUCAGCGAUCCGCAAAAAUAAGCUCCCGCAAAUAAAAAUU